CCGUAGAGUACCUGAUGUAUGACCAGGGAGAGGAUCGCUGGCUGUCUACGCUUCUGCUAAAGACGGGAUGGAUUCUGCAGUACUGUGCCUCGGCUGAGGCCACCACACAGUGUCCCGAGUCCUUCGCAGAGCUGUUCAAUCAGCGCCGCCGGUGGCUGACCUCGACCAUCGCCAACCUCAACGACUUGCUAGUGCUCAAUGCGGUAGGUAUAAACAACGGUAGGGAUAUUGUAUACAAUGGCUCAAUACGUUAA